AUGUGCUUCAGGCCAACGCACCCAGCAUUCUAUGACCGGGACCUCAGGCACCAAACCUGCAACGUGUGCAAGUCCGAGUUCACGUGUGCUCCUCCUACGCGGCAUGAACUUAUGGCGUCUUUCACUGGACCUGAGAUAGCUGCCCUGAUCGAUGUUGGGUGUGUUAUCGCUUCACAUGAAGCCUUUUCUGCAGAGCUUGAACGAAGCCUUGCUACCAUGCCGCGACUUAUGAGGCACAGCAGCAGCUAUGACCAUUGGAUUCGCGGGGUUUUUCUGAUUACUGAGGUUGAGGCAGAUGAAGGAAAGCUGACUAUUCAAGUUGAUUCAGAGGGCAUGCUCCAAAGAGUCCGUGCCAAAAUGGAAGGCCUGAGUCUCACUCUGCAAGGCCGCCGAUGGCGUGUGGCGGCCAAAGAGGAGCUGGAAGGCGUGCAGGAUGAUGCACUUGCUCAAGCCUUUGCAGAAUUAAGCGCCCCAUGCACCCUUGUGCUGGAAUCAGAUGAGCCCGAGAAUUGUGGCAAUGACCAUGUGGUGGCGGUAAACUUGACAAGACCCCUCGAUGUUCCCCCUGAUCGCGGGAUGGUUGAAAACGCGAUUCGGGAUGUUUGCAAGAAAUACCGAAAAGCAAGCUCAGUGGAAAUCACUCACUUCAUAGGCGGACCAUGCCAGCAUGACGAGUUGAUGUGCUGCAUUGUGCUUGGUGGUGGAGGAUGUGGAUGGACAGUACUGAAGGAUCUCAAGCAAGCCCUUGAAUUGGCCUUCAGCAGGGCGGCAAAGCGUUCAGAUGCGGAAGGAGAGAUCCAUGGUGGCCAGACGGUGCGGCUCAAAGACCUACAGGGAGCUGCCCACCUGAAUGGCGAAAUUGGCAUUGCCUUGCGCUUCAAUGUGGAGUCUGGCCGCUGGUUGGUGCGCUUGCGCAAUGGAGAGGCCAAGGGGGUGGCCUGGAAUGUAGAAUGGCCGGGAUAUCUGGUGUUUGGAGAAGACACAAGACCGGUUGAUGAAAAACGCACCUGUUACAAUCUGCUACAUUUGAUCUACUUUGAAUCUGCAUUCUACAACUUGAGCAGGUGCGGGAGCGUCAAGGCGUCAAGUAGUCACGUGCUGCAAGUGCCGCAACAAGUGCUUCAACAAGGGCUGCUAGGGGGCGAGUUGAUGCGAGCACUCACGGUGGAUUUAACUGGCAAGGUAGCUUUCAUUGCAGGUGUUGCUGAUACCACUGGAUAUGGCUGGGCGAUUGCACGGGAAUUGGCCAAUGCCGGUGCGACCAUUGUUGUGGGAACUUGGCCACCCGUGCUGAAAAUGUUCAACAUGGCCCUGAAAAAGAAGGCAACUGAUGAGGCCAGGACGCUGGACGAUGGCUCUCUUAUGGAGAUAGCAAAGAUCUACCCCUUGGAUGCAAUGUUUGAUGUGCCAGAAGAUGUUCCAGACGAUAUCAAAAGCAACAAGCGUUAUGCAGGUGUCGAAGGUUACACCAUUGAAGAGUGUGUGGAAGCCGUCAAGAAGGACUUCGGCAAGGUGGAUAUUUUGGUGCAUUCCUUGGCAAAUGGCCCUGAAGUCACCAAACCUCUGCUUGAAACUAGCCGGAAGGGCUAUUUGGCUGCUUCCUCUGCCUCAGCUUAUUCCCUGGUCUCAAUGGUUCAGCGAUUUGGGCCAAUCAUGCCGAAGGGUGGCGCGGUCAUUUCGCUGUCUUAUGUCGCAGCAGUACGGACCAUUCCGGGCUAUGGUGGCGGCAUGAGUAGCGCUAAGGCGCAGCUCGAGUCAGACACUCGCACACUGGCCUACGAGGCAGGCCGCAAGUAUGGCAUUCGGGUGAACACAAUCUCAGCUGGGCCUUUGAAGUCACGAGCUGCAUCUGCCAUCGGCGGUGAUGGAGAAAAGACCUUCAUUGAGCGCGCGAUUGACUACUCAGUGGAUAAUGCGCCGCUUGACAAGCCGCUUUAUGCUGAAGACGUAGGAAAAACAGCCCUUUGCUUGCUCACCGACCUCACCUCUGGUGUCACAGGAAUGACAAUGUAUGUCGACAUGGGUUUACAUUCCAUGGGCCAAUCUUUGGAUUCGCCGGCUUAUGACGGCCUAGAUUUGAAGUCCCGAUGA